AUCCCAGUCUCUCUCCUCGCGUUGCGCAUCUCAAGAGGUACAAACAAGAGCAAGCUCAGGACCCAUCAGCCCCACGCCGGACUCUCCCACAGAGGAACUCGGCCCCAAGCCCCGGAGGCCCCGGCAGGCCGCCUCCGGAGGAGCCCCCGCAGACGCCAUACUAAAAGCCAAAAUGGCUGCCCCAAGGAAGCCCGCACCGCGCAGCUAGUGAGGGCUGGGUAACAAGCUUCUGCGGGAAAGGGGGAGGGGGACUCUAGGAAGAGCCGUCGCCAGGUACAUCGCCCCCCGAGCCUCACAGGUUCUGGUUACAGCCACCCCUUGCCGUAACUUUUGAACUAUAUUUGGAAAAAUACUGGCCAGAAAAAAAAUGAUAAAAUUCUUCCUCAUGGUGAAUAAACAAGGGCAGACCCGACUUUCUAAGUACUAUGAACAUGUGGAGAUUAAUAAGCGUACACUUCUGGAAACAGAAGUCAUAAAGAGCUGUCUCUCUCGAUCCAAUGAACAAUGCUCUUUCAUUGAAUAUAAGGAUUUCAAGCUGAUAUAUCGGCAGUAUGCGGCUCUCUUCAUUGUGGUUGGAGUUAAUGACACUGAGAACGAGAUGGCAAUUUAUGAAUUCAUCCAUAACUUUGUGGAAGUUUUAGAUGAGUACUUCAGCCGAGUGAGUGAAUUAGAUAUAAUGUUUAAUUUGGAUAAAGUACACAUCAUUUUGGAUGAGAUGGUCUUAAACGGCUGCAUUGUGGAAACAAAUCGGGCAAGAAUUCUUGCCCCUCUACUCAUUCUUGAUAAGAUGUCAGAAAGCUGAAAAUGGAAAGGCUGUGCCAGACAACAUCGACUUACAGGAAAGAGAACAUCAUGGACUACCUCUCAACCUCUGCAGCCCAAAAGAAUCUGGAAGGCCACACAUCACAAAAUGAGCUAUCCUUCCAAAGACAUUUUAAAUAGUGUUUUCCACAGCUCCUAAAUGGAAAACAAAACUGUAAUUUAAAAUAUGUUGUAUAAGAAAAACUUAGACAAGUUUUAUUUUCUAACCAUAAGCAUUUUUUUUUCACUUGUUUAAAUUUUGUGGAGUACUGAAGGAACCUUUGUGGUCUUGGCUUCCCUUUGCAAAUUAAAUUCAGGAGUAGCAGCAUGGGGUGGGGAGAAAGUGUCUCAACUGUCAGCCAAUAAACUUUAAAAUUGACUUGAA